ACAUUAUCUUGUAUCAUGAUUUAUGUUUUUAAUGUGAAGUGAUUUUUAUAAAAGGAUAUUUAUAAUCUCAAUAUCAACUCAUCCCAUUUCUAUUAUGAUUGUAGACAAUUUUGAAAUGGAAAGACUUUUUUAUAAUUCUUGUCGGGUAAAUUGAUAUUUCUUGACUGUAUAAAAAAUCACUAAAUCAAACCACACGUUUUUUUCUAAGUAGAAUUCGACACUUUGACCAUGGUAAAAUAUUUUUCUUCGCCGAUAAAUUUUUCAAUUUACACCCUUCUCAGCCGUGAGUUAAUCAAAAAUAUCCUUUUUACCUCACACAAGGUAGAAGUAAGAUCUGCGUAUAUUCCAUACUCAUUCUACCUCACAUAAGGUUGAAGUAAGGUCUGCAUACUUUUCAUCCUUUGCGGACUCUAUUUGUGGGAUCGCACCAAAUGUGUUAUUACCGUUGUUGUAAUAAUUCUUUUUUUUAAUUUCACUUGAGAAAUGAAGCAUCAUAAAGUGAGAUGGACCUUAUCUACAUGGCAGUUUAUGUUCCACAUGUUUGCUUCUGAAUUUUUCUAGCUGAUUUUAUUUGCUUACUUUUUAUCUUUGCCGAGACAUCUAAAAGAAAAGCAAAAACACAGAACAAGAACAAAAUGUUUCCUACUAUCAAAUUCAUCUUCCUUGUCACUACAUACACUCUCUUGUUUCCUUCAAUUGCAUUUGAAUCAGAGUCCACAGACCCAAUUCCAGCUCCAUGGCCUCACCAAUUCCACGCAAUUACAAUCAUGAACUACACUCAAGGUCUUAGGAAAGUGGACCUUUGGUACGACUGGCCAAACAAAAGGUACAUGCAUAUAAACCAAUACCAAUUAGGAAAGACUUUGUAUGAUGUUGAAUGGCAAAAUGGUACUUCCUUUUAUUUCACUUUGGAUUCUACUCAAGAGUGUACUGUUAGGCAUUUUCCAGUGGGAAUUCUUAGACCUAAUUGGCUUGAAGGUUCAAAUUAUAUAGGACAAAGGUACAAGGAUGGAUUCCUUUGUAAUGUUUGGGAAAAAGUUGGUUUCUUACGGUAUUACGAGGAUGCUGUUACCAAGAUUCCUGUUUAUUGGCAUUUUUAUGAUGGUUUGGUUGAACAUAUAAUGACAUUUGAGGUGGGAAAAGUGCUAGAGGAUUCAAAGUGGCAAGCUCCUGCUUACUGCUUCAAGGAGGUCAAGAAAGAAAGUAGAUCUUUGCUAGAAAACUUGAUGUCGUGAACUCGGCGAUCACAGAGAAUUGACCUUAGACUGAUCGAAUAAGAGAGGUUUACCGCUUUCUCUUCUCGGUAGGAGUCAAAAAGAAAAGGCUCAAGAAGGAACUGCACUCGUUCACCUCUUUUGGAUGCCCUGAGGUUUUUGUUUGAAGUCUUGGGACGUUAUAUUCUUUUUUUUAAGUCAGAGGCGGAACCAAGAUUUCUGGUUAGUGUACACGUAGUGCCAUCACUUCAAUUUAUAUCAUGGUGACAUGAGUAUGUAUUUAGUACAAAUUAAUAUAAUUUUCAAAAUUAUUAACCAUAUAUGUAGAGGCCUGACUAUGCUACUUGCGCAUAUAUGGCCAUGGUUUGAGUUUUUAGUGCUAUUAGCUAGUUUCCUCGUGUAAUUUCAAUGAAGCAAUUCCAUAUGCUCUGAUAUUUCUGAGAACGGUAUGUAUGUUUCAUACGCACUGCGUAAUAAUAAAAAUCGAUGUAAGGUUCAGUAUUA